AUGAUUAAAGGAGUGCUCAUUGUAAAUGCCUGCGGAGGGCUUAUCUACCAAAACAUCAAAGAAAGCGCGUUUGCAGGGAAGGUUGAAAUAGACAAGCUCAUAGCACUCGCAAGCACAAUAUACACAGCCAUCGAAAUACUCUCCGACCUCGAAGUGUGCACGCGCCAAGGGAAGUACAAGAGACUUUCCAUCAGAUACGAGCUGGCGUCAAUAACAGCGCUGAAGACCCAAACUGGCCUGAUUUUUGUCAUAAUACACGACCACACAGACAGCGCUGCAAGGAUCAGCGCGCUAUCUGAUAGGAUGCACAGAACGUACAUUGAUGAUAUUCUGUACAGCCCAGAGUACUAUGUGGACGAUAGAAUACCAAAAAAAAUUUUUAACGAUAUUCUUUAG